UUGUGUAUGCAAGUGUAAUAGAAAGGUGAAUUUCUGUUCUUCCUAACUAAUGUGAGAAAUUCGGGAGCAGACCGAGUUGAUAGCUUUUCUUCCAACUCUACAAAGUUCUACGCGAGCCCAAUUUGGCUACGAUCACUUGUUGAAGUGAGCAGAGAUGACCAGCACCAGUGGAAUCAUAGCAUUGCUACUGCUACAUUCAUUGUCUGCGUACUGGAGUUAUGUGAACGCUCAAGACGACAGUUGUGCGUUACAGGAAACGCGGGAUUAUGCAGCUCACUUUCGUUGCAAUACAAGCGACGGACUCUACCUCAUCAGUUCUUCUCCGGCGUGGUCACAGGCACGUAUAGAGUCAGCGCAGACCCAAUGUUCGACCGUCAAGCCGUACCCGUAUACACUCGCAUCCAUAGACGACCUGCAGAAACCCUGCUACAGCGAAUAUCUGGCGUACAUUCGGCUCACCAUUGGUACUCAGAGAACAUUCUGGGUGUCGAAUGGAAACAGUGGGACUACCUGCUACCCAGCAACAAGUCCAUGUCCCGCGACUGCAACGGUGUUGUGCAAAAACAGUCUCCCUCUUGCAGUGCACGGCCCAGAAUGUGGAGGAGAUUUAUCGCUACCAAAUGGAAUUGUCACCUACCCGAGUGGCACACGGUUUCCCAGUGAUGCGGUAUACAUGUGUAAUCUGGGAUAUCACAUGAUGGAUGGUAAUAACGCGCACUGUACGGAGGGAGGACAGUGGUGUAACACAAAUAAACAGUGCCAAGCCUUCACCUGCCCCGAACCUCCUAUAAACAAUGGUAGAACGAACGGAGCUGGACCACGCUAUCAGGUGACGUGCAGUUCAGGAUUUGAACUUGUGGGAAAUGCUUCUGUCACCUGCACGAGCAACAUGGCCACUACGAAUCUCCCUACCUGUAGUCAAUAUGUGUGCGUAACCUCACCAGUGGUGACGAACGGCAACUUCAAAGUUUACAGCCGUCUCAGAGAUGGGAUGGCCCGUAUGCAAUGCAACGAUGGAUACUUCCCACAUGGUGAGAGUACUAUAACCUGCCAAGGCAGCGGCGCAUGGUCUGAAACGACUGGACGUUGCCUGGAUUAUCUCUGCGAGCCUCCACCAGCAGUCGAAAAUGGUGAAGUGAGGGUUUACGGAAACGGCGAGUAUGGAGCAGCGCACUUGAUGUGUAAUGGUGAAUAUUAUGUGAGUGGAAGUAACAUAACAACGUGUCUUGGUAGCCGAUCGUGGUCUGGAACACUGGGAAAGUGCCUGCGACAUCGAUGUGAGUCUCCACCAAUCGUGAGCAAUGGGAAUGUUAGCGUUGACAGUUUCUUCUGGCGUGGCACAGCACGAGUAGCGUGCAACAGUGGAUACUAUCUACAGGGCAUCAACACUACGACCUGUCUUAGCAACAACUCCUGGUCACAAACACUGGGCAACUGCUUGCGGCAUCGAUGCGAGUCUCCACCAAUCGUGAGCAAUGGAAACGUUAGCGUUGACAGUUUCUUCUGGCGCGGCACAGCACGAGUAACGUGCAACAGUGGAUACUAUCUACAGGGCAUCAACACUACUACCUGUCUCAGCAACAAUUCCUGGUCUCAAACACUGGGCAACUGCUUGACCAUAACCUGCCCUGGCGAGUUCAUAUCCAACAUUACUAAUGCUGUCGUGGCUGAUGAUUUAAUUCUACCCUACGUGGUGGGCAACAGCACAUAUGUGCAGUGCCAGAGUGGAUAUCUGGGUGGUGGCAUCACCUCAUGCACAGACAAUGGGACUUGGACAGAGGUGGAAUGCUAUCGCAUUCCGUGUGACAUCUUCCAAGAUAUUGAGAACGGCACAAUGUUAUUGGACAACAACACUGAACCUAGCCGCGCUGUCCUGGAGUGUGACGAGGGAUAUCAGCUCAACGGCUCUGAGGUGUUACAUUGUUUGCCUACGGGCAAUUGGUCGGCGCCGAUUCCCUCUUGCGAACUAGGAGAGGAUUCAUCAGCAACGUCCGGUACAUCGAAUUCAACAACGACGAUCGUUAUUAUCAUUACUGCUACCAUUGUAGUGGUCUGUGUACUGCUGGCUAUAGCUCUCUUUCUCAAGCGCCAGGCACACAUCCGCAGGGCAGCGAGUAUUGAAGACGAAGCGUACUAUACCAAUCACGCAAGCAAAAUGUCCGGCCCUGCACUGAACGACACGACCGAACGUGACACGGCAACAUCCCCUCCUCUCUAUGGAAACGUUUAGUGAUCAUCUUCCUCUCAUUCGAUUCGCUAUCCGCAAGUGCACGCAUACAAAUUUUAAUUGUCCGAUGAACACUGAUAUUCAUCCUUCGCCUCUUUUAUCAUCCUUUAUUGUGUUGCGUAUUUGAUGGAUUCUCCACAGGCCUAAGCCUAAAGCAAGAGAGUCUGCGUCAACAGCUUGUGUAGAAGAAUAUUAUUUCCUAUUCCAUAGGCACGCCUUUAUCAAUAGGCUUCCACAACGUUUCAGUUCAGUACGUGCUUCAUUCAUUCAGUCUUUGCCUCGCAUGCCACAAAUUAAGAACGAAUACGAUCCCAAACAAUUCUUUGUACAUUCUUUGCCCAAACUUGUAUUGCUGACAUGUUGAUCACAAAUAUAUCCAAGCAGGUAAAGUUUGCAGUUUGAAAAAGACAGCUUCGAGCACCUAUA